AUGGCAGAUUCGUCAAAUGAGAAUAAAAAUCUCGAUGAUUUUUAUCAAAGUGUUCUUUCGAAAGAACCAAGCGUUCGGCUAGAAUGUUUUUCUGCACUUGAAAAUUAUCUAUCUGAUGAUGAUACUUCACUUAAAUGUGAUGAUUUGCCUGGAUUUAUCGAUGGUUUAAUUAAAUGGAUUGAAGGCAGCAAUUUCCGAAUUGCUCAUAAUGGUCUUCGAGCAUUGGAAAUGUUGAAUGAUCGAUUAGAUUCAAAUGAUUUUGAACAUUUUCUUGAACUUGUUGUAUCAGUAACAGUUGAUCGAUUAGGCGAUGCUAAAGAUCAAGUCCGAGAAGCCGCAUCCAAUCUUCUUAUGAAAUUAAUGACGAAAUAUAAUCCACAACGUAUUUGGGACUUAAUACAACCAUUAUUUUCUGACAGUAAACAAUUUCGUAUAAAAGAAGAAAGUCAACGUUUACUUAUAAGAUCAUUAGAUGAGUUUAGUUCAUCAUCAAUUCAACUGAAUAAACUUGUUCCACUCAUUUGUAAACUUGUCUCAGAUUCAAAUGGCACUGUUCGUCAACAAGCUAUCGAUACUCUUGUUGAAAUUUAUCGUCAUGUUGGAGAAAAAGUUCGUGGUGAUAUUGCAAAACGAGAUAUACCAGAAGCCAAAUUAAAACAAUUGUAUGAAAAAUUCGAUGAUGUUGUUGCAAGUGGUCGAAUGAUUGCAAAAGGAUCUGAUUCAACAGAUGAUAGUAAGUAA